AUGAAGUCACAGCACAGCAAUAACUCCCUGCUGGUGGGCAGUGCGGGAGUAUUAAAUCGUGAUGCCGCCCUGAGACUGGAUUUCGAUAAGUCACGUUCCUUUGAUGAAGACUAUCGGGAGGCGGUGGUAAGCAAUAAUAAUUUAAAUGCGGCGGCAAUGCGUUAUUUGCAGGCUGCUGCUGAAUCUUCGGAACGUAAUCAUCAGCAGAGAUUAAGGCGGUCAUCCCCUGUAGAAGGCGGAGGAGGAGGAGGGGGAAGUGGUGGUGGCUCCAGGAAUACACGUUCUCCACAAUCCUCCGGGUCGUCUUGCAAUAAUUUGAGUGUACCACGCCAGACGACCAGUCCCCAGAAUUAUGGCACUCGUUUGUGUGAUCACGAAAUGACAUAUGACCUAAUGCGCAAGAGUUUAGAUCGUUCGCCGAUUAUGGAGUUUAGGAGGGGUGAUAGUGCUGGCGGAGGUGGUAGCAGUGGUGGGGGAGAUUAUGAUAUGCCCAUAAUGCGUAAUCGUGAGACCAUUAAUUCCGGAGGUAAUUCGGAGCUGAAUUUCAUGAAUAACGAUGGUCGCAUCUAUGAGCAUGUCAGCUCGAAUUCGUUGAAACAGCAGCGUUCGCUGAGGCGUACCCAUAGUCCAAAUGAGUCACAUUAUUCGUUGGAACGUUCACAUGAUCGAGGCUCAUCGAGGGAUGAGAUGACACCACCGGAUACCACGGCCGAUUAUCGCAAUGAUUACAAUGAUAUGUAUCGGAGGACACGUAGCACCAAUCGUGGAAGAGAUACACUUAAAUCGGCUACCACGAACACCAAUACAACUACACACACAAAACCGCUGCGACUUACCACAUCGAAUUGUUCUCAAGCCGAAGAUCAUUGUUCGUAUUCACCCAAAUGUGGAACCUGUCAGCAUCUGCCAUACGACAAGCAACACGACUAUCUGAAAUCGUUGACUUUGAAACGUAACAAUUUCAAUCGACCGCUAUCACUUCAGAACAACAAUAACAACACCAACCACAGUCACACAUUACCUACCACAACUACAAAUGGCCACAUAAGAAAACCCACAGCAACAACAACAAAUAUAUCAACUGUCAAAGUUAAUGGCGUCAAUACAACACUGUCAAUGGAAGCAAACAACAAAUGUCACUAUGACAAUACAUUCCUCUCAUCGUGCUCCGAAGAUAAAAAAUCACCACUCACCACACCAACAUUACAAUGUACAAAAACAACAACACCACCAAUCCCAACACGUUCCUCAAGUAAUAUCUCACAAUGGACAUUGCUGUGCAAAAAUGCCACAGCAUCUUCGCUCUCAGCUCCAUCCAAUCCAUCACAGACAGGUGUCGGUCGCGAGAAUAAUUUUGUCGGUGGAACUUCGGCUCACAAUACCGUUGUCAAUGUCAUCACCACUACAACCAUGAACUCAUCACAAAUACGGCCGCCGCAGCCAUUAAUGUCAGAUUGUCUAUUGACAGCAGCAGCCACACCGCGUGUCAUACCAUUGGCUGCAACGUCUCUGGUGUUUUUAGGUGAAAUGUCAGUGACAUCAAAACUGAAUGAUGAUGAUGAUGUUGCUGCUGCCGAAGGUGAUAGUGUUGAUGGAACCUUCACCGGUGAUAUAUCUAGGAAAAAUGAGAAUGUAGUGGUUACGAAUGGCAUAUGCGUGAGUGAUGACAAUGAGGCUGCCGCUGCUACUCCAUUGGAUGUCAAUUUGGCUAGGUAA